CUCACUCGCACUUCGAUCUGCAUUCUCUCAUUCGCUCAUUCCUCAUCAUCACCUCUCAUAGUGCGUCAUCUUGAGCUAGCGAUCGAUCGCACACCCAGCAAUCGCAUACACUCCACCCCCAAAGAAGAGAGAAAGGAUGCUAGUUCCCCUGCUUUUCCUCUUCUCAAUCCUAUACCUCGUCGUCAACCUCCGUCCUUUCUACUCAAAGCAAACACCUCCCCAACCAGCUUCGAACGCAGACUCUGCAUCACAAGGUGGUGAACAGGAAGAAGAGGAUAUGCUUUUGCUUGCAUUGACAGCUCCCACGGAGAGGAUAGGGAACCUCAACCUAGGCAGGAAGCACCCUGCCCGCACCCAACAGAGCACACGAGGUCGACGUCCUCAGACUUUACUACCUUUACCCCAACCACAGCCCAACCCUCCCUUCCUCCCAAGGAACCUCUACCGCCCACCAAGGUUCUCCCCUUCACCUCGCACCACUCCCUCUCUCUCCCCUUCCCGCAGUCCUUCCCUCCCAACUUCAUCAGGCACAGCACGCACUACCAGCACACGCGACGCACCCAGCACAGGCGAAGUCUCGUCGUUGAAAGCGGAGAUAUCCCACUUGAGGAUGCAGCUAGCCGACUCUAGGGCAAGAGAAGAUCAUGCCCUGCUCCAAGCACAUCAUCUGCAACAGGUACUCGCUACUUCCCUCAGUCACUGGCCGCCUCAUCCAACACAUUCGACGCAUACACAAACCCAGUGGAUAUCUCCCCCAGCUCUGCACUCCCAUACCCAUUCUCCGGCAUUCUCACCCACCCUCGUCGUCCCCCAACCGCAGUACCCACCGGGUUACCAAGCGAUCCAACAACGGUAUUCUCUUCCACCCGGUGUCGGCGCUUUAGGACCAUACACCGUCCCCCCUCCCCACGCGCAUCAUCCCCAAGUCCAAGUUCAAGCCUACCCAAUCCCCAUCCCACCCCUGACCCCGAGCUCGUUACUCUCUCCACCCCUGCCCCACCUCCCACCUCCCCCGGUCCAGCAGCACCCAACGGGGCAGGAAGGGUUUGCGGAAGCGUUGGCUAGGGCUCUGGCGGCUGCUGCUGGGUUUGGACCGGUUUCACCUACUGCUGAGCAAGCGGAACAGGGGAGGGGAGAGAGGAGGGAUAUGCAGAUCCUUGGGGAGGGGCCGGUGCCUCUACCGGUACCUAGGGAGAGUGAGAGGGAACAACCGAGGGAGAGAGAAGGGGAAGAGAAUGGCAAGGAACGUGAGCGAGAGAAGGAAAGGGAGAGGGAGAGGGAGAGUGCGAGACAGGACCUGUUUGGGGCGAUAUUGAGGAGACCGGGGGUGCAUGGAUUUGCUGUUGGUGCUGCUGGUGCCGGUGCUGCCGGGGUGAGCCAACUACAACCCCAGCUGGAAACGCACCAAGCCGCGGAACUGCUGCAAGUACAAGAACCGGUCCAAGAACAGCAACCCCAACUCCAACUCCAGGCCCAACCACAGUUACAGCCCCAGCCCCAGCUUCAGGGGCAAGACGACACCCAGCUUUCCCUAAGCUUGAGCUUACCGAGUCUGGACAGCUUACCGACUGAACUGGAUUCCUCUGGUGAGGUCGAGCUUGGAGAGGGGGAAGGAGAAGGAGGGUUGGGGUUGGGGUUGGGUCUGGGGUUAGUGAAGGGCGUUUCAGCACCGUCUAUCCUUUCCCUUUCCCUUUCCCUCGACAAAGGGCGUGAAGAAGCGCACCAAACAAACCCCUCAGACACGCUCGCGCUCGGAACCUACGGGCAGGUGGGACCGGAGCGCACUACAACCUCUAGCUCUAGCUCGGGGUCAGGCUCAGGCUCGGGGUCGGGCGCAUAUACGAGCCAGAACGAGAGUAGGAGGUUGACCCCGGAUUUCUUCCCCUCACUUCCUCCUCCGCCCCCGCCUCCGCCUUCGUUAGUCCCUUCGGCGCCUUCCCUAACCCCUGCGCCCGUGCCCGUACCCGCACCUGCAGCGGCAGCAGCAGCAGCGUUGAAGCCGUUCCCUCCCCCUCCCCCUCUACCGGUAGUGCGUGUCCAGCCGUCUACGCCGGUGUCUUUUAAUUCAGAGAGCUGGGAGGGGGAAGGAGAGGAGGAGGAGGAGGAGGAGGAGGAGGACUCUCCCCUGCCGCUGAGGUUGGACCCGUUAGCUGAUCCGGACUGGGGAUCUGGGGCUGGGGCUGAAGGGGAAUGGCCUGUGGAGGAGAUGGAGGAGGAAAUGGGGGUUGCAGGAGGGGGGAUGGGGAUGAGGCAGUCUGUCACUUUGCCGUCGUUCCCUCUCCCCACAGAAGAAGCAAGCUGCCCCGCCGAAUUCAGAGAGGGGAUAAGACUACCCAAGGAGGGGGGAAUGACCGCAGAAGAGGGAGGAUCAGGGGAAGGGGCAGGGCUAGAAAAACAUAGGAGGAGCGUGACGCUGCAUACUACUGUUCCCCGUCUUGAGCGGGGGAGCGAGGGGUUGGGAGAGGGGACGGGGCUGGGGUUGGGGGUGGAGGGGGAGUUGGGAGGGGAUGGAGAGGGGGAGGGGGAGGGGGAGUCUGGGUUAGGGGAAGUUUGA